UAUCCAACCGCCGUGUCAGACUCCUAACUCCAGUAUCCAACCACCAUGUCAGCCUCCUAACUCCAGUAUCCAAGUAUCCAACCACCAUGUCACACUCCUAACUCCCGUAUCCAACCACCGUGUCAGCAUCCUAACUCCAGUAUCCAAGUAUCCAACCACCGUGUCAGCCUCCUAACUCCAGAAUCCAACCACCAUGUCAGCCUCCUAACUCCAGUAUCCAACCACUGUGUCAGCCUCCUAACUCUAGUAUCCAACCACCAUCUCAGCCUCCUAACUCCCGUAUCCAACCACCGUGUCAGCAUCCUAACACCAGUAUCCAAGUAUCCAACCAACGUGUCAGCCUCCUAACUCCAGUAUCCAACCACCGUGUCAGCCUCCUAACUCCAGUAUCCAACCACCGUGUCAGCCUCCUAACUCCAGUAUCCAACCACCAUCUCAGCCUCCUAACUCCUGUAUCCAACCACCGUGUCAGCCUCCUAACUCCAGUAUCCAAGUAUCCAACCACCGUGUCAGCCUCCUA